ACUAGGGGCACAAGGCAGGGGUUCAGCUUAAUUCCAUCUAAAAACAUUCCCUGGAUGAAAAUGAGUGUGUUUGUAUGGUGCCUUGUGAUGGAAUGACAUCAUCGCAUGAUCGCAUGACCAUUGUUGCAAGGAUUCGAGGUUUUCAGUAUUGACUUCUUGUUAAUGCUGGCCAUACACAAGAUAUGAUGUCAUACUAAUUAAGUCAUGUUAUUUCUGGCAUGCACUUCCACAGCAAGUGCAUAAGAAUAUACUGUAUGUUUUGAUGUUUACUUCUUCAGCCAGAAAAUAUUUGCUGUUAAGAUGAAUCAUCCUGAAUUAUCCGAAAUUUAGCCUAAUUUCUUUUUCACAACACUCUUACAGUGCAGAAUUUCUCAUAGCAGCUUUACUGGACAGCAAUGCAAGAGUGAAAAACCCACAGAGUUCAAAAGAAAGGAAAUCUUGGGAGGAACCAAAACCCAGCAGUUGAGCCUAUGCUCCUGUAAACGUCAUUUGGAAUAUUUAGCAAUUUUUUUUAUUAAUGGAUUGAAAGGAUUUUUUUUAUUCAGAGCCUAGAUUUCACAAGCACAUAAAUUCUGUUGUUAAGCAUAGGAUUUUUCAGCUCUGAGAAACUGGGGGAAUUAUAUUUUUAUGUAUUUAUUCCUUAUAGCUAAGGAAAAUUAAUCAUCAUUUUUUGUUUUGCUCCACAGCGUGGGGCUUGAAUGCCAAUCUUCUGAACAAUGUUCCAGAGCCUUAGCUAAGGGUACCACCCUAGCAACAAGGAACACUGGUAAUAGUAUUAAUAUUACUAGCAGUAUAGUAUUAGCAGUCAUGGUAUAGCAGUAAUAAUAAUGGCUGUAAUGUAGGUGGUAGCCCAAGUGGCUCUGGAUCGUUGACUGGAAGAUUGUGAUCCAAGCCCCAGCACCGCCAAGCUGCCACCGUUGGGCCCUUAAACAAGCCGGGUCCAGGGGUGCUGCAUCAAGGCUGACCAUGUGCUCUGACCCCAAGGAUGGGAUAUGUGACGAAAGAAUUUCACUGUGCAGUAAUGUAUCGUGACAAAUAAAGACAACUUAACUCAGCAGGAGCAGCCUUGGUAGUAAUAAUAAAUCACUGCCUGAUGAUUUGAUAUAUAAUCAUUUAUGAAAUUUCAGCUGCAUGCACAUCUGGAUUUUGAUAUUAAAAUUCAGUAAUUAAUUGUUGCAAGAGUAUACUGCAAUACUAUAAUACACUCUUGCCUUGCCUCAUCCUAGCAUUUUACUGUAAGUUAAAAAAACUGUGAAGCUGUGAAACACACGCUUCUUAGUCAGUAAUUUGUGGGUGAGAAAACACAAACACACACACACACACGCACGCAUGCACACAUGCACGCACACACAUGCACACACACGCACGCAUGCAUGCACGCACGUCUAAUUAAACCGCACGGAAACAGCAUCUUUUCACUGGAAGACGUGAGAGGGAGCAGUGCAGGUGAGCGGAAAUCCCGGCGCGUUUGCUGUAAGAGGAGCGCUCUCACACACACUCGCUUUAUUCUGAGCUCUGCGCGUGCACUUUUCUGGAAAAGGUGUCGAGCCGUACAAAUAAAGCAGCUGGCAGAAAGUGGUCACAGCACUUCAUGAGAGGUUUCGGUCAGCUUUAUGAGAGAAUGAUUGAUUGCUGUGGGAUCCUCCUGAUCCUCGCCUUGUCCCUGCAGUGUGAAGGCUAUAUAGACACAAAGCAGCUCAGUGCAGGCCACGUGUCUAUCCUUAACUUUGAUGUGUUUUCUGAAGAUGACAAUGUGAAAAGUGUGAACUGGACUCGAGAGCCGAAUCAGGACUGGGAUGCAGGGCUAAGGGUCAUAAAUCAUUCACUGUGGUUCUUCCCUGCGCAGGAGUCACACACCGGGAACUACUCGUGUUAUUUCAGUGACAUAGAUGGACCUUCAGAGAUGCAUUUUUCCAUUUCUGUAGCCAAGCACGAAUGUCCCCCAGUGACCAAGGCCCCUGUGUACCUGCAAAAGGACAGGCGUCAACAUCUUGUUUGUGACUGUGAAGUCAAGAGAAAAAUUACCGACUUAAAUUCAGCUUCCAUCGUGAGCUGGACCUGGAUGAAGGAUUGCAGACCCCUAAGCUGGAAUGAAAAAUCUGAUAUGAUUAAAUUCCAUCGUGUUUCAGAGGAGGAUACAGGGGUGUACACCUGCAUAAUGAACUUCACCCUUAAUGGAACUUCAUACAUUGCGGCUCGGAGCAUACAAGUCUUUCUUACUGAGCCGGGUCCUGUUCCACAGAAGCCCAGAGUCAUAAAACCACAACAGGAAACUCUUGCUGUACAGCUAGGUUCAAAGCAGGUGUUACACUGCAAAGUGUUUGUUGGUCCUGGAUCCUGUCAGACGGAUCAUCUAGACUUCUUCACUCUGUACUGGCUGCUGAACAACAACUACAUUGAAAACAAUCCAUCCAAAUUUAGUGUUGAACAGAACUGUACUACAGAAAACAAUGUGAAGUAUCUCCACAACAAACUGACCAUUUAUCAAGUUCAGGAAGAAUUCUUCAACAUCCCUUUUCGUUGUGUAGCCCUCAGCUCUUAUGGACAUGACAAUGGCACAAUCAUACUUAUUCCAUCCAGUGAGAGAACGCUCUAUGUGACGUUGGCAGUGUUCACAGCUUUUGCAGUAGUUGCACUUUGCAUCCUGGUGCUUUAUCAGUUUAAAGUGGACCUGGUGCUCACUUACAGGAGCCUUAGCCCUUGUUUGAAAGAACUGAACGAUGGGAAAUUAUACGAUGCCUACGUCAGUUACCUCCACGGUGAUGAUCACACUGUUUCUUCUGCAACAACCUUCACCCUGCGUGUCCUUCCGGAGGUUCUGGAGGAUCGCUUUGGCUAUAAAUUGUUCAUUAGCGAUCGGGAUGCAUACCCAGGCACAGCAAUCCCUGAUGCCAUCUCUGAAACAGUGGGGAAGAGCCGACGGCUAAUCAUUGUUCUUACACCCGAGGCUUUCACAAACACCUCCGAGAAUGAAGUAGGACUUUUAAAUAAAAUGUCAACUGAGCACCUGAGUUUAAACAACAACAUAACAACAACUGAUCCAAAUCUGUCUGAAUUGUCUCGGCCGAACUGGGGUCCUUACGAGUGCUGGGUGGGUCUGUACGAUGCCCUGGUGAAGGAGUGUCUGCAGGUCAUCCUGGUGCAGGUGGGAGGGGACGUGGAUGAGGCUCUGCUCCCUGAAUCCCUGCGCUAUGUUAAGCACACACAGGGCAUACUCAAGUGGAAGCAGCACUACACUAUUAAGCCUAAUAGAAGAUUCUGGAAACAGAUGCGUUAUCGAAUGCCGCCUGUGCAAAAGGCCAGACAUGGUUUUACGGUUUAAAGCUUGUGUAUUUGCUUUUUGUUACUAAGACUUUUGUUUUACUCUGCUACCACCAAACAGGGAGUUGUCUCUACUAUUCACCCUUUUCCACAUACUGUCAGAGCAUGCUAUCCAUCCCACCCAGAGAGGCCAUGUAUGGCUGUGCCAUCACCAGGAUUCAGACCUGUGACCUCUUGCACUAUUCUAUUGUGUUAUGCUACAUUUGCACUUACAGCAACUCAGUGACCAGAGAUCCUCAUUUUCAGUGACUUCUGGAGACUAUGAUCUAUGAGAGUUUUAUACAAAGACACCAAAUCUCAGUCCAGAAUGUUUCAUUACAGCCAUUAGAAAACUGAUUUGGAAUGCUAGUUGCUCCACCUACUGAUAAACAUUAUUUAUGGCAACCAGUAGAAGGAAAGGAACGACUACUGGUGACUUCACAGUAUAGCAACAGACUGGAGAUGUGCAGAAAUAAAAUCCCUCUAUGUGUAAAUGUAGUUAAAGUGAAGAAUACAUGAAGUGUAAAUACUUGAAGUGAUAUACUGUAGGCAUGUUUUACUAGUGCCAUUUUCAAUAUUCCAGAUGUUUCAGUAAACAGCAUCAUCAUAUCAUUUAACUUCAGUUUGUUACAUUUAACAUGGAAGAAGCUGAUGUGUGUUAUUCGGCUCCUCUGUGUUUUAUUUAGUAACGCUUCCCUGGUCAGUUGAAUAGGUUCUGGUUCAGGAUUUUUCGUGGAAAAAGUCCCAGGUGAAGCCAGUAAUCUGGUAAAGUGAGGUUGAAGGCAGGGCAGAUGUUAGAAUUUAGGCUUUAAUCUAUAUUUCUGGCUUUGUCCACAUGACACCACCAAAGAGCUCAACUUCAACAUGUUGGAUUAUGUAUUACAGUUUAUAUACACAUUUGUCCACUCAGACAUCACAUUUUCCAAACAGUUAACACACAGGCUGAAACUGAAGCUCACUGGCCAAAAAUGACCUAUUUUGUUUGCAAAAUGCUCCAACACUGACAAAACUUUUUUUAAAAAAGCAAGCAUUUCCACAAGACACUACAACUUUGAUUAAAUAUAUUUAAUUUGACCACAUCAUUACACACUGGACAACAAAAUACCAAAAAAAAAACAAAAA